GCCCUGAGCUUCAAGGCUGUCUGCAACAAUAUUUACAGUGAGGUGUUACAGGCAGUGGCGUACGGUUCAGGCCUGUUAGAAGUUCACCUUUUUUGCCAACAGGAUACAUUAAGUCAAAAUAGUCAUGCCAGACGACAAGAAAACCGCUGCAGCAAAGAAGAAGGCAGCUGAUGAAACGCAGUUGCUACCGGUUAUUCUGCGCUAUUUCAAGUUAGCCGGGGUUGCGCUUACUGUGUAUGGUUUUGGUUACACACAGUUUAGUCCAAGUUGGAUUCUUAUAGGGUUAGUUGCUUAUGUAUGGAAAGAAAAAUACACCCAGCGAAGACAACAACAGAUAAAGACACAGCAGCUUAUAGCGAAAGAUGAGGCAUCGACAAUAUUGGCUCGAGUGGAAGACCUGCCAUCUUGGGUGCAUUUCCCUGAUGUUGAAAGAGCGGAAUGGUUUAAUAAGAUUCUGGACCAGAUCUGGCCCUUCAUUGGAGAUUAUGUGAAGAAACUGCUGAUGGACUCCAUUCAGGAGAAGAUCCAGCAGAGCCAUUCCACAGUGGGAUCAUUCAGGUUCACACAGAUCGACCUCGGAGAUAUUCCCCCCAGGAUUGGAGGUGUAAAGGUGUACACGGAGAAUGUCCGCCGUGAUGAGAUUUACCUUGACCUUGACAUCAUCUACAGCAGUGACAGCUUUAUCGAGGUCAAGGUCAAGGGCAUUACUGCUGGAAUAAAAGACCUACAGUUACGAGGCACACUGAGGGUGAUCUUCAAGCCUCUGAUUGGUCAGAUUCCACUGUUUGGCGGGAUGAGCUUUUUCUUCAUCAACACCCCGGACAUUGACUUCAACCUGACUGGACUUGCCAACUCCCUGGAUCUGCCAGGACUCAGCGACAUGUUGGAUACAAUUAUUGCUGAACAGAUAUCCAACAUUAUGGUGCUACCUAACAGGAUUGUUGUUCCCAUGGUGCAGGAUAUCAACCUGAUGUUGCUCAGAUAUCCUCAACCUGAUGGGGUACUGAGGAUCCAUGUGUUGGGAGCCAAAGAUCUUAUUAGAGCUGACAUUGGAUUCGCCAAGAAAGGAAAGUCGGAUCCGUAUGCUGUUAUAAAAGUUGGAGCAAAGAAGUUUAAGACCAAAGUCAUCAAUAACACUAUUAACCCAGAGUGGAAUGCUGUUUUUGAGACAAUCAUUGACAUCAAGGAUGGCCAGUACGUUGAUAUUGAGCUGAAGGACGAGGAUCCAGGUAGUAAGGACGAUGAUUUGGGAUGUGUGAAUAUCGCUUUAGCCUCUGUGGCAAAGGAUGGUAUGACAGACUCGUGGCUCCCCCUGGAGGAUGUCAAACAAGGCCUGAUUCACAUUAAGUUGGUGUGGAAUUACCUGUCUAAGGACCCGUCGAUUCUUGACCAUGCAAGGAUAAAGGCUGAGACCUUGCAGCACUUGGAGAAAAAUACAGAUGGUACAGAGUUAUCCUCCUCCCUGCUGAUGGUGAACCUGGACUCGGCACGAGAACUCCCGUACCAACAUGGGAACAGUUUUGGACUGUUUAAGCGUGGGAAGAAGCAGAUGGCUGAGCCAAGUUCAUACUGCAUCGUUAGUGUAGGUCAGAUGAAAGAGGAGAGUGCGGUCAAAUUGAACACAGACAGCCCUAUCUGGGAGGAGAACUAUCGCUACCUUGUCCACGACCCUAACAUCCAAGUCAUAGACAUACAGGUCAUGGACAAGAAAACCGGUAAACCCCUUGGUGACAUGAACUUGCCCCUCAAGUCUGUUCUCCGGGCUCCUGAUAUGACACUCGACCAAUACUUUAGUCUCAAGAACUCUGGGCCAAGCAGCCAGGUCCACAUGAGGCUUGCACUGAGGGCCCUAACAACAGAGAAGUCAAAAGAAUCUACAGAACCUGAGCAGAUCAUUACACCAAGUAAAGCAACAAAGGACGGAACCUCUGUAGAUGGCGCUACUGCUGCAGCUGCCCCAGCAGCCUCAACCCAAGCAGCUGCCCCCAAGGACCAGAAGGCUGCUCCCGCUAAAGCAACCACUCCUACUGCUGCCAAAGACACGGGUAAACAGAUUGUUGCUGAGACUGUUUCGUCAGUCCAGUCCAUCCCUCCAGCUAAGACAGGCACACCUCAACAGAAGACAGACACAGAACUGAGACACAGGAAGGCUACUUCGCCUACUCCUGCAGCACCUAACCCAAAGGGAGCACACGAUCAUGGUAGAAUGAACCUGACCAUCAGGUAUAGCGUUCAGAGGAGCCAGUUGGUGGUGGUCAUCCACAAAUGUGUACACUUGAUCGCCUGCGAUGAUGACCAUUUAGCCGACCCUUACGUGAAGAUGUACCUUCUCCCAGACAAAUCUGCAAAACACAAGACCAAGACCGUCAAAGAUAGCCUCAACCCAGUCUUUGAUGAAACAUUCGAGUUUGAAGUUAAACAAGAUGAGGUCAAACAGAAAACAUUGGACAUUACAGUACGAAAUGACACAUCAAUGUUCUCUGGGAACAAAAAGACGAUGGGAACACUCGAGAUAUCCCUUGCCAAUCUGGAUCUGACUAAGUUUACAACAGAGUGGUUUGAUGUUAGACCUGAAGACUUUGAGGGCAAGCCUUACUCACUGUGCUCCGAUGUUUAAACAGUCAUCCUGUGAAACACUGUCCAUUGAGAAUCUAAUAUAUAGCCCAGGAUCCAAGACAUUUGUCGUUUAAUAACAAUUUUAUAUGUAACUUGCCUUUUAUUACACAAAUCCUGUCACUUUUGUGUUUACAUUGCCUAUUAUUUUUGAUGUUGUCUUUGGAUAUGAAUUCGCAAAGCAAUAAAUUCACUAUAACAAUUCAUGCAAAUGUUGAAUCCAUCCGUUGCAAUUAUUUUUUGAAGAGGAUGUGAUAGCAACUGCUUAAAAAAUUGAGAUAUAUUGUUGGAAUUUUAAAUGUUUGAGAUAUAUUAUUGGGGUUUAAAACAGGCUAUUUGUUGUUUAAAUAAGAGAACAAAUCUUUUUAUUUUGUAUCCCCAAGCUUAAAAAUCAUUUAAUGGAGAUAGCAAAAGAAGGAAUAUAUACCAGAUAACAAAUAACUAUUAAUCUUUGAUUGUGAAUAUUUAUAUCUUUAAUAAUACCAUACAUGUACAUUAUGCUACAAUGUAUGUAAAGAACUAAUUAGCUUUAAAAUAUUAUCUGUUUUGAAACAAUCUUAUUAUUUGUAAAGUGCAACGAUUGCAGGAUGUGAUAUUUUUUAUCACUUUAAUAUAUUUGACAUUUCGUUUUAUAAAGGGAAAGAAAAGCUGCAUGAAAUGCGUUGCUUGCUGGUAUAUUUUUUAAAACAAAGAAUUUACCUUCCAUCAUAGAUGGUAUAUUAAUGAAAUUACAAGUUAUAUGUGAUUAUAUGGACAAUGUUCCUCACGAAAUACGGACUAAUAGGAAGAUAUCUAGUGUCUGGUCUCAGUACAGACUGUCUCUCAUAUAAAUGACCACAUAUCCUCGUGAUUAACAGCUUUUGUCUGUAGAAGAUACUUAAAUAAUUUAAUUUAUUAACUUGGAAGCCAUACGAAUGUUUAAGAAAAAAUGCUUACCUAUUCUCAAUUUUAAAAAAAAUACUUUAUUCUCUAAAAUGUUUUUUGUCUGUGUCCGUGCACUUAGGUCUUGAUGGCUUUUGUGUGUCUGUCAGUUUACACUGUUACAAGUCCAUAGCACAUAUCAGAAACUACUGUGUAUAUAAUAGCACAUGUCACUCAGAACAUCAUGUUGUAUAUUAUGUUGGGGAUCGUACACAGGAUAUUUGUUAUUAUAUUACCACACAUCUAUAUAUACAUGUAUUUACGUAGAAGUAGACUUCUAUUAACAGGUGUAUGUCAUACAACAGCAAGUUCUGACUAAUAUUGAAGCUUGCGAAAUACUACUUUUUAUCCAAUGUUUUUACACAAAGGACCUGGAUGCUUUCUUUAACGUCAGAACGGGCGAUAAAAUCGAAUAUUUCUAAAAUCUCUUUCUUUGUUGGUGAACGAUAAACUUUAUUUUCAUUAACAUUUAAAAUGUUUGGGUACAAUAUUAAUGUUUUGUGUAUUGAAGUUUUGACGAACUACAUUUCAGCAAUGGCCUUAAAAAUCUUCCACCUUUCGGUGGACAAUGUGAUAUACAAACUGUAAUGCCUUUUUGUUGCACAGCAAGUCCUCCUUGUUUCUUAUUAUAAAAUCUACACAUAUCAGAAUGUGCUGAAUAUGCUUAAUGUCCAUUGUUAAAGAUAUUCUAAUUGGAGCAAAGGAAUUAUUUUGAAAGAUAUUUUUUGCAUAUUUGAUUUGCCAUCAACGAAAAUAUGUUUAGUGCUAUUCCUGGAGAAUUGAAAGUGUAUUUUUCUAUGCUGAGAUUAUUAAAGUGUAUCUUUGUUAAUAUUUGGGUUAUUUUAUCAACAUGUGGGAUUGUGAUCAUUAAUAUAAUUGCAUGCUAAAAAUAAACAUUGCUUCAGGAAUUCUUCUUUUAAUGUAACUUUAGAGUGUACAGGUUUUUUUCAUGCAUGAAAAAAUAUUUUAUGAUGGUAAUAAGUUGAGCUUCAGUGUGUUUUGUUUUGUUGAACAAAUUAGAAUGCAAGAAAUCGAUUGCAGUAUAAUAUUGACCUUACUCUAUCUAAAUACUCAUUCUUUAGAUUUGAUAUUUCUUUGUUUUUCAAAAGUCGCUAUGAAAAGUCCACUAAUUCAGAGCACGGAUAGAUACAUGUACAUUUCUUUGUAUAAUUUGUUAUUGGUUCUAGUUUGCAUUAAAUUUUAAGUUCAGCUUUCAUAAAUUACCUUUGUAUUGGGACGAUAAUUUUAUUGUACCCAUAUUUCCCUCUUGUUUCCCGGUAGAAAUAACUAAUGUGCUUUGACUAGGAAAACUAUUGGUUGUUUAUAGAUCAAAUAUUUUUAUUGUUAUGGAUGUUAACUGUUUUCACAUUUCUAUUUUUAUUUUGUUUUGAUAUCAAUUUUUGUUGUUUCUUUUAUUGUACACAUGAACCUGGAAUAUUACAAACUGUUUGGGACCUAUUACAAUGUUUGGAUGUCUAAUGGUAGCUGAGGUUUUUGUUCUGCCCCGACAUAACUUUCUUGUGAUUUAAACAUGCUUCUGAUUAUCCCAUCAUUAUGUUAAUUGUUACAUCACAAUAAACAUUUCAGUUCUAAUUCAUACAAUGGAUUGUUUCUACAAUCCAUGCUGGUUAUUUUUUAAAUUCUUUGAUAUUAUUCAGUGUUCUGGUUUUUAGUGCUUUGUAAGGGAUAUCAGGUCAUAUAGCCAAAUAUAGUAUAUAUCUUAUUGCUUAUGGAACGGUCACUUAAUUCAUCUGGCCGUUACAUUGUAUUACAGUGUAUACAUUUAUAAAUUGUAGUUGAUUGAUAGAUAUAAGAAAUCUCAUUAUAUAUAAUAAUUGUUUUGCUUUUGUAGUUUGUAGGUCAUAUAAUAUAUGUGUUGAGUUCUAUGUUGGUAUAGUAUAUGAGUUUAUUGGUAAUUUUGUUUUGACAAUAUAAUAAUAUGUGUAUAUGGUUAGUGCAAUUUUAAAAAAAAGUUUUCACAUGUACAACUGUACAACAUACUCACAUUAUUGACCUAUUGAACUUAACUCAUUAAUAAAAAAAACAAUGAAAAUAGUAUAAAGCAUAUUUUAAUGAUACGAAAUUUUCAUUCAAAAAUUUAAAAAAGAUAUUUAAAACAAUCAUCUAAAAAUCUUUGAGUAUGAUAGACUAUUUCACCAACAGAAAAAAAAAAUGAAAAAUACCUUUUCAAGUAAUAUACCAUUUGAAUUUGAACAUGAAUGUAUUUUUUCACUAUAACUUUCUGCCUAUUUUGUAUAUAAGGGAUCUUGCUGUUUUACUCCCCCUGGAUUGUUACUGUUACCUAUCAUUACCUGCUGCUGCGAUACAUCUACACUAAUCUGUGACGUCACUAUAAAUUUUAUAUAUAUAUUAA